AGCAAUGCCUGCUAUUUGAUUUCCCGCGAAGCAGACGCAUACCCGCGCGCCCGAGACAGCAGAGAGCAAGUGAAUAAACUAGCGUAACAGUUAACAGAUCUAAUACCAAAAUGGGAAUACACGGACUUGCCAAACUGAUUGCUGACCAGUCCCCUGGUGCCAUUAAAGAACAAGACAUCAAGAACUAUUUUGGCAGAAAAAUUGCUAUAGAUGCCUCCAUGUGCAUCUACCAGUUCCUGAUUGCUGUGCGACAGGAUGGCAAUGUUCUGCAGAAUGAAGAUGGAGAGACAACAAGCCACCUGAUGGGAAUGUUCUACCGGACAAUUCGUAUGCUGGAACACGGCAUCAAACCUGUGUACGUGUUUGAUGGCAAGCCACCACAGCUCAAGUCAGCAGAGCUGGAGAAGAGAGGGGAGAGGAGGGCAGAAGCUGAGAAGAUGCUUGCUCAAGCUCAAGAAAUGGGGGAACAAGAGAAUAUUGAUAAAUUCACUAAGCGUCUGGUAAAGGUCACCAAACAGCAUAAUGAUGAGUGCAAGAAGCUGCUGAGCCUGAUGGGAGUGCCUUACAUCGAGGCUCCGUGUGAGGCAGAGGCCAGCUGUGCUGCUCUGGUUAAAGCAGGGAAGGUCUUUGCCACAGCAACAGAGGAUAUGGACGGGCUGACCUUUGGUACAAAUGUCCUGCUCAGACACCUCACUGCCAGUGAAGCAAAGAAACUUCCGAUCCAAGAGUUCCAUUACAGUCGUAUCCUGCAAGACAUUGGCUUGACUAGUGAACAGUUCAUAGACCUGUGUAUUCUACUGGGCUGUGACUACUGUGGCACCAUCAAGGGGAUCGGUCCCAAGAGAGCCAUUGACCUGAUCAGACAGUAUGGCUGCAUCGAGGAGAUCCUAGAAAACAUUGACACCAGCAAGCACCCUGCUCCAGAGGACUGGCUGUAUAAAGAGGCAAGGAGUUUGUUUUUGAAGCCGGAAGUGGUGGAUUGUUCCUCAGUGGAGCUGAAAUGGAGUGAGCCAGAUGAGGAGGGACUGAUCCAAUUUAUGUGUAACGAGAAACAGUUCAGCGAGGACAGGAUGCGUAAUGGCUAUAAGAAGAUUGUAAAGAGUCGGCAGGGCAGCACACAAGGACGGCUCGACUCUUUCUUCUCCGUCACUGGAUCUCUGUCUUCCAAACGAAAGGAACCUGAUUUAAAAGGAUCAGCAAAGAAAAAGCAGAAGACUGCGGCCACGUCCAGCAAAUUUAGGAAGAGCAAAUAGACUAAACAUAGUCUUCCAGUUGACACAGGAAGACGCUGCAACACAAUAGGAGGUUGUGUAAUGAUUAAUUCUGCAGAAAAAUUGUUAUACAUGACCAAACAUCAUGAUGGUCAUGUGAAAAACUCCAAGAUUCGUAGUGUCUUCAUGAGCAUUUAAACACCUUUGUCAAAGUGUUUUUUUUCUGUUAUGUAAUAAAAGCAAAGAAGUCUUUUUGUA